CGGGGGCGCGUGCCGCGUUGCCGCGGUGACGGGGCGGAAGCGGCGGGUGCUCCGCGCGCCAUUUUCAAACCGGGAGCUGCCCCGGCACGGCUCGGCCGUAACGAAUGCUCAACAUUGUUGCAGAAGCACCAAGAUCGUCACUUUCAGUUUAAUCUUUGUCUGUCAAAGGAGAACAAAGAGCAUUUACAAGAAUGACUUCUCACUAACAGUUACCACUUAAAGGAAGUGUCCUAUUUUUCCUGAGUGUUAGAAAAGCCACUUUGGAGGUGUGUUUACAAUGACUACAGCAGCAGAGAGGAAGUUCGUUAAUCUCAGGAAACGUCUAGAUCAGCUGGGCUAUCGGCAGCCACUGGGACUGGAGAGCUUACCUUUGGUGGAAAAGCUUUUUAGUGAUCUUGUUCAUACAACAGAGAGCCUGCGCAGUGCAAAAUUAUCUGCUGGAAAAAUCGAAAAAGAGUUCAGCAAUUAUGAUGCUAUUUUAGAACCUUAUAAGACAGAGAAUGCUAAACUUACCAGGGAAAAUAAUGAACUACAUUUGGAAAUAUUAAAACUGAAAGAGCAAUCUGAUCGUCACGUUAAAGACUUGAAAGCCAGCUUAAGGAGGGUUGAACAUGAAACAGCUGACUUAAGAUUUCUGAAUAACCAGUAUGUGCAUAAAAUUAAAAGUCUGGAAAAAGAGAACAAAUCCAAGACUGAAAAAAUUCAGCAGCUUCAGGAGAAGAAUCUGCAAGCAGUGGUGCAAACACCUGGUGGGAGAAAAAGAAACAUUCCAUUCAGGCGUCAGCGCAUGCAGAUAGACCAACCUGUCCCCCCAUCGGGUGUUAGUGCCUACCCAGUUCCUCAGCCAGAGGAUCCUUACAUCGCAGACCUUCUUCAGGUGGCAGAUAAUCGAAUUCAUGAACUUCAGUCAGAAGUAACAGAGCUACAGGAAAAACUGGAGAUAUCUGAAAGUGGAAUGAAAAACUACAGCAAGCAGGUUGAGCUUAGAGACAAAGAAAUAGAACGCCUAAUGCUAGCAUUGGAUGGUGGUCGUUCGCAUGAGGUGAUCUCUCUGGAAUCGAGAAGUAAAAGUAAUGAGAAGCUUAUUGCCCAUUUAAAUUUGCAGGUUGAAUAUCUUCAGCAAACAAACAAAGAACUUGAAAAUCGCGUUCAAGACCUCUUGGACACUAAACAAAAUGUGACUAGCGAGGUUGUGCACUUAAGCAAUAAAAAUGAAGAACUGUGUCAAGAACUGAAUGAAAUAGACCAUUUGGCACAGCAGUUGGAAAGACACAAGGAAAUUGUACUUGAGACUGCAGAUAAAGAAAUAGGAGAAGCAAAGAAAGAAAUUGAAAGAAAAGACGGUGAAAUACAGGAUCUUGAAGAAACAGUAGCAAGGCUUAAAUCAGACUUGUGCUCCUGUCGUAGACAGAACGAGAGGCUGAGUGAAGAACUCUUUGGAAAAACAGAUGACAAAGAAAAUCUGGAAGUACUGUUAAAUCAGCUUGAACAAGAGAAACAAAGACUGACAGAAAAAACAGAAAACUUUGAAAUAAAAGAACGAGAGCUUGUCCUAGAAAUAGAAAGAAUGAGAUUAGAAUAUGGUAUAGCCCUAGGAGACAAAUCUCCGUCUCGUCUGGAUGCGUUUGUAAAAACUUUAGAAGAUGACAGAGAUUAUUAUAAGCGAGAAUUAGAAUAUCUUCAGAAAAUGAUAAAACGAAGGCCUAGCCCAAGCCGUAGGACUCCAGAAAAGAGUGAAGAUCUUAGAUUGAUCACCAGAGAAAGAGAUGAGCUACAGUCCAUGUUAGACAGAUUUGAAAAACAUAUGAUAGAAAUUCAAUCCAAUGUCAAAUUAUUGACUGCAGAAAGAGACAGAUUAAGUAUUCUUUAUGAACAGUCUCAGGGUGAAUUAAACAGGCUGAGAAGAGAAGCAAAACAUAAUUUAGUUUCUCAGAGUCAUGUGGAAGAAGAAAGAGAUGUUGCACUGACUGACUUUAGAAGACUAAUGGCAGAAAAGGAAAGUCUAAAAGAAAAAAUACAGAUUCAGCAAGAAACAGCUAACCUUGAAAAAUCAAAGAUGCAGCGUGAUAUUUCAGAACUGGAAAAUAAUAUUCAUGAAUUUGAAAUGGAAAGGUGUGAACUAAAGAGUACAAUCUCUAUCCUGAAAGAAAGAAUAAACUCUUUGGAAAAUGAAUUAAAAUUGAAGUCCAAUAAACUCGCCCAGACAUCUGAUGAUUCUUCUCAAUUUAAAGCUGAGCUUUGCUCACUUCAGCUCUUAAAUGAACAACUCCAGAGGUCUGUUGAAGACUUACAGCACCGAUUGUCUCUCAAAAAGGAUGAACUGCAGUCAGCUCGAGAAGAAAUUAUAAAGCUAGAGGAGGAAAUAGAUAGGUUAAACCAGAAGAGCUCGUCACAUGAUGAAGCAGUCAAUGUGCUUAGAAGUACCAUUACUGUUUUGGACAAAGAAAAGGACAGUCUUCAAGAAACUGUAGACAAAAAAACAGAAAGAAUUGCAUGCUUAGAUGACAACUUAGCUAACAAGGAAAAAACAAUUACUCAUUUACGUCUAACUCUCUCUGAGCUGGAGUCAUCAACAGACCAGCUAAAAGACAUGCUGAGCAGCAGAGACCGUGAGAUAUCUAGCUUACAUCGCCAGCUUGAUGCAUCCCAUAUGGAGCUUGCAGAAACAGGAAGAGUAAAGGAAAUGGCUCUGAAAGAAAAUAGACGAUUACAGGAUGACCUAGCUACAAUGACCAGAGAAAACCAGGCUGUCAGUACUGAGCUUGAAGAUGCAAUACGUGAAAAAGAAGAAAUGAAAACUAGGGUUCAUAAUUAUAUAACUGAAGUUUCUAGAUUUGAGAGUCUGAUGGCUUUAAAGGAAAAAGAAAACCAAGAUUUGUUAGAGAAGUUCCGAAUGGUCCAUACACAAGCUGAAGACUGGGAAAUCAAGGCUCACCAAGCUGAAGGGGAAAGCAGCUCAAUACGACUUGAACUCCUUUGUGUGGAUACAGAUCGGAGACAUCUUCGUGAGAGAGUAGAACUUCUGGAAAAAGAAAUCCAGGAGCAUAUUAUGGCGGCACAAGCAUACGAAUCUCAGAUCUCCUCCAUUACAAAAAAUAUGUCCAAAUUGGAAGAGGACAUUAAACGUGAAAAUCAGGAUAAGUCUUCUGUGUUGGCUGACCUGGCUUCUGUGAGAGAACUCUGUGUUAAACUUGAGGCUAGCAAAGAACUUUUAUCUCGACAGCUUGCUUCCAAAAGCAUGGAUUAUGAACGGGUUCUAGGUGAAUUAGAAGAUAUGAAAUCAGAAGCAGAGUUGCUGAAAAAGCAGUUAUCCAGUGAGAGACUUACAAUUCAGAAUCUCGAAACAUUGCUGGCUACCAGUAGAGAUAAAGAAUUUCAGAACCAUUUAACAUCCCACGAGAAAGAUUCAGAAAUUCAGCUACUGAAAGACAAGCUAACACUUGCAGAAGGCAAACUUGCAAUCACUAAAAUCCUUUCCUUCGAGAUCAAGGGAGGUGAUCCUUCCCCUCUACUCAGCACUGGUGAGGCCACACCUGGAGUGCUGUGUCCAGUUCUAGGUUCCCCAGUACAAGAGGGACAUGGAGCUACUGGAGAGUCCAACGAAGGGCCACGAAGAUAAUUAAGGGACUGGUGCAUCUCUCAAAUGAGAAAAGGCUGAAAGAAUUGGGACUGUUUAUCUUGGAGAAGAGAACACUCAGGGAAAUCAUAUUGGUGUAUGUAAAUACCUGAAGGGAAGGUGUGAAGAAGAUGGAGCCAGACUGUUCCGUCGUGCCCAGUGACAAGACAAGGGGCAGUGAGCACAAACUGGAACACAGGAGGUUCCCUCUGAACAUCAGGAAGCACUUUUUGACUUCCAGUGAGCAAACAUUGGCACAGGUUGUCCAGAGGGGUUGUGGAGUCCCCUCCUUGGAGAUGCUCAAAACUGAUGUGGACGUGGUCCUGGACAACCUGCUGUAGGUGGCCCUGCUUGAGCAGGGGUGUUGGACGAGAGGACCUCCAGAGGCUUCUUCCAACAUCAACUAUUCAGUGAUUCUGUGAUGUAUUGUUGCUUUUAAAUAUAAAUGGAGCUGAAACUAGCACCUAUACAAAUGUGCACCUAUACAAAUGUUCUCAGUACAAUAGCUGCAACUUCUCAUGCUGUGCAUGUGCCUAGAUUCUGCCUCAUUUUUUUUACAGAGAAAAGAUGGAUCUUUUUGGAGGAAUAAAGUUAAGAGUAGAGAGGAUUUUUUUUAUAUCAAAUGCGGGUACUCGAAGCGUGUGGGAUUUUUUUUUUUAUUAUUAUUAUUAAAAGAACUUUAAUUACAUACAAAGAACAUAAACUAAUGGAAUGUCCUGAGUGAAAUAAAACACUAAAAUUACAAGAAAAGGAAAGAAUGAGUUUUUUGUUUAACAUAAAUUUAGCUUGCUCUGUACAAACAUUAAAACUGUAUUUAAGUGACUUAAUGGUAAUUUUUUCACAAGAUUUCUUCCACCCAAAUUGUGGGAUUCCUUUCCUGUUCAUUGCAAAUGUCAAUACUUGCAUUGUUAAUAGAAUAAGAUCUAGUAGGAAGAGGGAAGAUGUUCUGGAAGAAUAGUGACUAUUUUGCAUUUUGGUGGGAUCAAAUCUCUGGAUUAUUUCACAUCUCCCUGCAGUCAGAGAACAGCAGGUGCUCAGACACAAAGUCUGUGACUGAGCUAGGAAUGGAACUUGUUUCUUUCAGGAUUCAAGUUCAGUGCUUAAGCAAUAAACUAGUUCAUCUUUCCUUCUCCGGAACUGACUUUUGAGCACUCAACUUCAUACUGACUUUGAAGAUUCUAUGGAAUAAUGUAGCUGUUUAGAUUCUGGUUUAGAUGACUUAUUUUACACCCAAGUAACAACUUUUUUGCUUACUCUCUAAUGCAAUUCAGUGCGUUUUGCAACCAAGCAUUGAGUUGUCCAAGCUGAUGAUUUGCUGAGUAACAUAUUUAAUUAUGUCACUCAAGAUUUUUCAAGGCUGCUUUUCUUUCUGAUUCUUGUGGUUGAAACAGCUCGCCCCAAACACAAGGGUGUACUUGACAGGCCUUCAGGAACUGGGCUUUGCUGGUCUGAGUUUGCAUUAAUACUGGUUUUAUUUAGAUGUUAUUCAACUGUUUUCGUUUCUAGACAGGUACUUUGAGCCUGCUUAAUAUACUUUCUACUGAAACCACAUCUGUUUCUUGUCCACAGGCAAGACAAUAUUUACUAUUUCGUUCUUCUUUUUAACUGUACACAUAACCAGCUUCACAUUGCAACAGAAGAUAAUAAAUCAAUAAAAUAAUCAUGUAAUUAUUUUGUCUGUUUUUAUAAAGCAUAUCUCUGCUUACCUUUGUCCGAAAAAGAACAUGAUGUAUUGUAGUAAGGAUGUAUUGAGAGACUUGCCAGCUUCUCACAGCUUUCUCACCUUAGGUUCCUUCCAGCAACAUGCUGUUGGAUUCAUUUGGCUCUUGCUGCUUCUGAAUUCUCUCUUUGAUUUGGUUUGUGUGAAACAACAUGUUGAGAAUCUGUUUUUGUUUUGUUGACUAGUUCUAAUUCCUCUAAGCUCCCACCUGUCAGUGUACAAAGCAAACU